UACAUGGAUUUUGUCCACAGCUUUGGUGUGCUGGUUAUACAGCACCUGCAGAACAACUACAAGGAACACCAUGAUUUCCUUAACUUGAUGUCUGCAGUGAGUGACCCCCGUAAUAUUUUUUCAGUGUAUUUUCCAAUCUGGUUUCAUCUCAGUCAUGAUGUGGGCACCAAGAUGAUAUGGGUGGCUGUUAUUGGGGACUGGUUCAAUCUCAUUUUUAAAUGGAGUCUUUUUGGAGAGCGACCUUACUGGUGGGUGCACGAAACUCAAUUCUACCACAAUGAUACAACGCCACAUUUGGAACAGUUUCAGACAACCUGUGAAACAGGACCGGGCAGCCCAUCUGGUCAUGCGAUGGGCUCGUCAUCCUUGUGGUAUGUGAUGGUCACUUCUGCAUUACAUUUUGCUCAACCCUCCAAUAUCUUAUCAACCAGGUUUCGUCUUCUGAGGUCUUGCUUGUGGAUGCUUUUUUGGGUCAUUCAAAUAAGCGUUUGCAUCUCCAGAGUUUAUAUUGCAACACACUUCCCACAUCAGGUUAUCCUCGGUCUUCUCAUUGGCGUGCUGGUGGCUGAGCUGUUUGAUCACGUCCCCUCGGUCUACAAUGCAAGUCUGAAAGUGUAUCUCCACAUGACCGUUUUUCUUUUUUCCUUGGCCUUUUGCUUUUAUCUGCUCUUCAAACUGCUUGACACUGAUCCUCUGUGGUCAGUGUGUAAAGCCAAACAGUGGUGCGCUAACCCGGCCUGGAUACACCUCGACACCACGCCUUUUGCCGGCCUGGUGAGAAACCUGGGAGCCUUGUUUGGACUGGGCCUGGCUGUAAACUCUGAAAUGUUUGUGCAGAGCUGCAAAGGGAAGAAUGGCCACAAAACUGUAUUUAAGCUCAUGUGUGUGACUGCAACGCUUACAUUUCUGCAGCUGUACGACUUCAUCAAAAUGCCAACUCACUCAGAGGUUCUGUUUUACAUGCUGUCAUUUUGUAAAAGUACUUCGAUACCCCUAAGUGUGGUGGCUGUCAUUCCCUUCUGUGUUCAUUUGUUGAUCAGAGAUGAGGAAAGAAAGCUCUCUUAG